CAUCUCCAAACCCUACACGCAUAAUCUCAUUCUCAUCACAGCAUUACUUGUUCUGCCCUCCACCGACUUUCGCCGAAACCCUAGAAAUCCUUCUUCUCCCUCCUCGCUCAAUGCAACGAUGGAGAAGAACCCUGUGACUGGUAUUUGUCAUUCACCUUCCGAUCUGCUCGUUGUUGAACCCGAGUAUUGCCCCCAGGCCGUUGUGGAUUGGUACAUGUUGGGUGAAGACGAGGGUUAUAAGAGUAGUUUCAAGAAGAAAGAUGGGACAGAAAAGGCAAGAAAGCAUCUUGCGGCGAUGGGGUGGGUGAUCUGGUACGGCCAGAAGGGACUAAGGCGUGAGUUGCGCUACACUUCGCCCACUGGAAGAUCUUUUUACUCGCUUCGAACGGCUUGCAAAGGCUGUAUUGAUCAAGGAGGGGUUUCUGGGAUUGCUGGGUCGUCUGAUCCUGUUUCCAAAACAGAGUCCGUUGCUUCUACUUCUGUUUCCCAAACAGAGACCCUUGUAAUUUCCUCCGUUUCUGAAACGGUUGAUCAUAAUCGUAAGCCUGUUGAAUGCAUUCAUCUCGGCGAUGAUAAGACAGAGACCCUUGGUUCUGUUUGCCAAAGGGUUCCCUCUAGCUCUGUUUCUCAUACGCCUGCUCGUAAUCCUGUGAAAUUCAUUAAUCUCGGCGAUGAAGUUGAGGGUGAGUUAUCCGGCCAUCCAAAGAGAAAAGAUUUCAUUAAUCACGGUGAUGAUAAAACAGAAGCCCUUGCUUCUGGUUCUGUUUGCCAAGGGGUUGCCUCUAGCUCUGUUUCUGAAACGCCUGCUCGUAAUCGUAAGCCUUUGAAAGGCAUUAAUCUUGGCGAUGAAGUUAAGGGUGAGUUAGCCGGCCAUCCAAAGACAAAACCCAGAAAGGUACUGGCGGAUUUGAAGAAAAUAAGGGAUCAUUCAAGCGUUAGCCAGUCGAAAAGUGUGCUUCGAUCGGGAAAAAAAAGGAACGGAAGAAUUCAUAAGUUCCAAACAACUUUAUCUUGGUUGGUGGACAACGAGGUGGUGUUGCCGAGGACAAGAGUACAUUACCGUGGCAAGAAUGGUGUCCCUCCAACAAAAGAGGGGCACAUAACUCGUGAUGGGAUCGAGUGUAUUUGCUGCUGUCAGGUGUUUACUCUCUCUGGUUUUGAAGCUCAUGCUGGUAGUACAAAUCACAGACCGGCUGCCAAUAUUCUACUUGAAGAUGGGAGGACUCUGCAAGAUUGUCAAAGGCAGGCGAUGAAUGGAAAUCAGAACAAAAGCUUCACAACAAAGCUGCAAGAGAGUGAUGAAAUAAGCUCUGUUUCUCUACAAGAUUGCCAAGGGCAAGCGGUGAAGAGAAAUAAGAACAAAAGCUUCACAACAAAGCUAGAAGAGAGUGAUGAGAUAUGCUGUGUCUGUCACUAUGGGGGUGAGCUGGUUUUAUGUGAUCAUUGUCCAUCCGCGUUCCACAAGAGCUGUCUUGGCUUGAAGGAUGUUCCAAAUGGUGAUUGGUUUUGCCCAUCAUGUGCUUGUGGAAUUUGUGGUUGCAGCAAGUUUCAAGAAAACAAAGGAGAUUCUGUGGAAGAUGGUUUCAUUACUUGCAAGCAAUGCGAGCACAAAUUUCACAUUGGGUGCAUAAGGAGUAAAGGGGCAGCGACCAACAACAAAGAUAAUUGCUUUUGUGGAAGAAAGUGUGAAGAUAUAUUUUUGGGCCUCCGCAAGCUUUUAGAGAAACCAAUUCCAGUGGGUACUGACAAUUUGACUUGGACAUUAUUAAAGUCCACAGAAGAUAAAAGCUGUAAUCCUGAUGCUCCUGAUAUUGAGGCCUCGAAAGAGAAGUGUAGCAAGCUCAAGAAGGCUAUAGCUGUGAUGCAUGAGUGUUUUGAGCCUGUGAUAGAUCCUCAAACCAACAGUGACCUUGUUGAAGAUGUGAUUUUCGGUAGAGGGUCUGAGCUUAACAGAUCAAAUUUCAAAGGGUUCUACACCGUGCUUUUGGAGAGAAAAAAUAAAGUAAUUUGUGUGGCUACUUUAAGGAUUUAUGGAGAAAAGGUGGCGGAAUUACCUCUUGUUUGCACCAAGUUUAAAUAUCGUAAACGUGGAAUGUGUCGCAUAUUGAUGGACGAGAUUGAAAAACAGCUGAUGGCACUAGGAGUGGAGAGGCUAAUUUUGGCUGCUGCUCCUGCUGUUCUGAACACGUGGACCACUUCAUUUGGGUUCGAAAAGAUGACAAAUUCUGAGAGGUUACAGUUGCUAGAUUAUGCUUUCUUGGAUUUUCAAGAUACGAUCAUGUGUCAAAAACUCUUGAGGAAGAAUCCUGCUGCAGAAAGUGUGGACCAAGGACUUGAGGAAAUUGUUGCGAGCCAUGGAAAAUUUAAUUCCGAGUGUCUGGAUGAAGAGGCUAAAUUUCAGAAGCCCAGCAAGGGCAGCAGUAGUAAUAUUUCCAAGUGCUACAAGAGGAAGUACAUAUCAAUAUUUGGGAGCCAAAGCAAUGACAAUUCUAAGUGCCACAAGAGGGGUGAGAUAUCGGCCUGUGAGACUGGAGUCCCAUUCCACGAUGCUCCUUGGAAAAAUCAAUUUAAAAUUGUUCAAGUGCCUUAAAUAUCACUUCAUGAGAUCUGUAAAUUCUUUGUACAGAAUAUAUGAGAAAGUGAAGUGUAUAAGUUUUUCACUUUCUUUCUGGUUGAUGUCUGUGUAUAUACUAAUUAGUUAAUGUUUACAUGUUCUUUUCAAGCUCGUUGUCUUCUUCUUUUUCAAACUCUCCAACACCGCCCGCUGCCCCCACCCCCCCCCAAUUC